AUGCUUCCGUCAUGCCGCAAAGGCGCCUUCAUCGCUGCCCUAUCACGACCUGCCUACCGUAGCAGAGUGCCGUAUAGAUUAUCGCCUUCAUGGACUCGAGGGCCAGUCACCAAACAGAUACAGAGACAACAAUCGCAGUUUCAACCUCUAGUUCCGCCAUCGCCUGAAUCGCUAGGGAGACCUGUCGCAGCCAAGCAGUACCGUCGAACAAGAGCCAUCCUCAAACGAUUGAUUCAGUUGGGACUUCUCUCAGCCACUGUCCUCGCAAUCGACAGCUACUUCUUCGAUGCCGUCGUUACACGCUCUGCCCGUACAUUCAAAACCGGUCUCGUUGUUGCCCUCGACUACAAGAUCAACUUCCGCGCAAAUCCUCCUUUCGCCGAUUCGGUUGCCGAUGUCCACCACCGCAGUGCUGAACGCCUCUUCCACCUUCUUCGCAACAAUGGCGGUCUCUACCUCAAGAUUGGUCAAGCUAUCGCUAUGCAGAGUGCCAUCUUGCCUCCAGAGUUCCAGAAAAUGUUCGCUUCUAUGUUCGACGAUGCUCCUCAGAACUCUUGGGAGGAUGUGAGACAGGUCAUUAGGGAAGACUUUGGANAAGAUGUCGAGGAAGUUUUCGGCGUGAGCUUUGACGGAGCACAAGACAAAGGUAUCAUGGAGAGAACAGCGAGGGCAAGCGCCAGUGUCGCUCAAGUCCACUGGGCUCGCCUGCCUGACGGAAGAGAAGUUGCCAUCAAGAUCCAGAAGCGAGAGAUCGAAAGACAAGUCGACUGGGACCUUUGGACUUUCAAAGUUGUCACUAAGAUAUACACAUGGUGGUUCGACAUUCCUCUCUACACUCUGGUACCCUACAUUUCCGAGCGCCUGAUGCUGGAGACCGACUUCGUCAACGAAGCCAACAACGCCAACGAAAUGCGUGACCUCGUCCAGAACGAGCCACGUCUCCGUGGUAAGGUCUACAUUCCGAAGGUCUACCGUGAACUCAGCUCAAGGCGUGUCAUGACUGCAGAGUGGAUCGAGGGUGUACGACUCUGGGACAAAGAAGGAAUUGAAGCAACAUGGCACGGUGGCUGGCGUAAAGGUAGCCCCGGUGCUGGCGGCGAGCUUCUUCCUCCUCCUGCGAACGUCCAACCAUCAAAAGACCCCAAUAACGAGAAACUGAAGCCUAGCCGCGAUGAGUGGCGCGGUGCAACUGGUAAGGGCGGCCUGGGUCUUAAUUACAAGCCCGUCAUGGAAACCAUGGUUUCUCUCUUUUCUGCGCAAAUGUUCCUUUGGGGUCUCGUCCACUGUGAUCCUCAUCCAGGCAACAUCUUCAUUCGCCGUCUUCCCAACGGCAAGCCUGAACUCGUCCUUAUCGACCAUGGUCUAUACAUCCGCAUGUCCCCUGAAUUCCGCCACGACUACGCCUUGUUUUGGAAGUCCCUCAUGACCUUUGACAACGCCACCAUCGGCCGCAUCGUCAAGGGCUGGGGCAUCAACUCGCCUGACCUCUUCGCCUCGGCAACUUUGAUGCGUCCAUACACUGGUGGCGACAACAGCACGAGCGAAAGCAUUAGGAAGCUCACCAAAGCAGAGCAGAAACAGCGUGCCUACGAGAUGCAAAUGCAAAUGCGCAAUGGCAUCCGUCAGAUUCUUGGUGAUGAGAAGAAGUGGCCGCAGGAACUUAUCUUCAUCGGCCGCAAUCUGCGUAUUGUUCAGGGCAACAACCAGUUCUUGGGAUCGCCUGUGAACCGCGUUAAGAUUACUGGCUUGUGGGCUUCCAGGGCGCUGACCGAACAACCCCAUCUCACCAUCUCUCAGCGCUGGAAGUACUAUGCCAAUCAUCUAGUGUUUAGAGCCGUGCUGGUAGGCACAGAUGUGUGGUUCUGGUAUGCCAAGAUCAAGCAGUGGCUGGGAUUGGGCAAAGGCAUGGAUGCAGAUAUCGAAGAGCAGAUGAGAGCAGUUGCUGGAGACAUGGGCAUUGAGCUGAACCAUGGCAUCUUUGAAGGUUAA